AUGAAGGUCGUCUCUGUGCCCUCUCCAUUAAGUCUCUGGACAACCGUACGCUCGGUUGGUGCAUACAAUGUCGCAGGUUCAUUUGUUGCAUUAUGGGCUCUCGUCAAAGUCCUGAGGGCCCUUCGCUGGCGAUUGAAGACGACUCAACUGCGCGGUCCGCCUCGCACCAGCUUCAUGUAUGGUGUUCUGCGCGACCUCGUCGUAUCUCAAGAUAGUGGUGCAAUGUAUGAACGUUGGGCGACAGAAUAUGGGGUCGCAUAUGUGAUUCCGAGCGUCCUCACACAGACUACAACCGUGUUGUGUGACCCAAAAGCUAUAGCACAUUUCUACGCCCGAGAGACAUGGACAUAUGUGCAUACGCCCCUUUCGUUGACGUUUCUGGAGUCAUUCCUCGGCAGAGGUCUGUUAUGGUCUGAGGGUGAAGCCCACAAGAGGCAGCGGAAGGCCCUCACGCCAGCAUUCAGCAAUGCAGCGAUUCGGAAACUCACAUCAGUGUUUUAUGACUCAGCAUACAAGGCCAAAGGUGCAUGGGAUACUGCUAUAGAAUCGAGCAAAGAUGGCGACGCUGUCAUCGAGGUUCAGAACUGGAUGAAUCAUAUAUCUCUGGAUUCGAUUGGCAUCGCUGGUUUCUCCCAUGAUUUUGGCUCGCUCGAUGGAAAGCAAGCCAGCGUAACAGAGGUGUUUGAUACUUUCGGAAACGACCAAAAGGCUUCAGCAGUGAACCAGGUUGUUCUCCUGCUCGCAUCAGCGUUUCCUAUCAUUACAAAGAUCCCCAGCAAGCACAAGAAUCUGGUCAAGAAACUCGGUGUAGCCAUGGGAGAAAUAUCCAAUGACUUAUUGAUUCGCAAUCGCCGGGAGAAGGAUACGAAUGUGAGCGAGAGAGACGAGGAGAAGUCCAUCAUCGGAUUGUUGAUUAAAUCCGAAGGCCAGGAUGCCGAGCUUCGUAUGUCGAAGGAAGAAGUAAUGGCUCAGAUGAAGGGCUUGCUUGUGGCAGGUUAUGAGACGACAUCUAUCAGUCUUACGUGGGCGCUGAUCGAGCUAUCACGACACCCCGAUUUAAAGGCCAAUCUCCCAUACUUGGAUGCUGUUGUCCAUGAAAUUCUACGACUCCACCCUCCGGUGGGCGAGUUCACCCGUCUUGCAGCGGCAGAUGACGUCAUUCCCUUGAGCGAACCUGUGCGCACGCUGUCCGGGGAAAUGACGGACAGCGCGGCGAUCAAUCGCUCUUCGGCCAUCUGGGGACCAGAUGCAAAGGAAUUUAAGCCUGAUCGUUGGCUGACUGAAGACGGGAUCAGUGGGAAGGCCAAGGAAGUCCAAGGUCAUAGGCAUCUGCUGACAUUCGUCGACGGCCCAAGGACGUGUCUUGGCAAAGAUUUUGCGAUUUCGGAAUUCAAGGCGGUUUUAUCUGUUCUGGUGAAGAACUUCGUGUUUGAGAUGCGGGAUGGACCUGAUACUCCAGUCGAAAUUGCGAGGGGAUUUUUACUUCGUCCGCGGGUUGCUGGGGAGGAUGGCAUUGAGGUACCUUUGAGAGUUCGUCGGUAUGAAUGA